ACAAUAUUUAUUUCCACUUGGCACGAUCCCAUGCUUUCGCCGAUUCGCGAAAAAUGGCAGAAUUUGUUCAUCAAAGUAUCGAAGAAGCUCUGCCGGAGCUUGAACAACUUGAAAGGAUAGGGCUUUUCACAAAGCCAGAGAUUAAGUCAAUAAUUAAGAAGAAAAGAAGCCAUGAAUAUCGACUGGUUCGUCGAAGAAAAGAAAAAGAUGAUUUUCUCAGAUACAUACAGUAUGAAAUAAGUUUGCUGUCUCUGAUCAAGACCAGACGAGAGAAAAUCAGGUACUUCUUCAAGAAAGAGGAAAUUGACUUCUCCAUUGUGUCACGGAUUGCUAAACUCUUUAGGAGGACAUGUACACUUUUUCCUGAAGAUCUUAAAGUCUGGUUGUCGUACAUGGAAUUUCUAAAGAAAUGGAACAAAAAAUCAAUGUUGAGCAAAAUGAUGACAAAUAUGUUGAAAAUCCAUGGCAACAAUCCAGGUUUGUGGAUAAUGGCUGCAAAGUUUCAGAUGGAGGACAACAGUUCAUCGGAGAAUGCUCGUAGCCUUUUACUCCGUGCUUUGCGUCACCACCCAACAUCUCAGAAAAUAUGGCAAGAGUAUUUCAGAAUGGAGCUUAUGCAUGCCGACAAACUACGUAAGCGCUGGACCCUGCUCAAGCAAAGUGACAUGAAGGCAGACGAGGAAGAGAUGUCCGAUGCUUUGAUGGAAGGUCAAGCAGCCAAAAUAGUUUACAAGAAAGCAUUGGAGGAGAUCCAAAAUGAUGCAGAGUUUCAUCUGUCAUUCAUACCUCUACUACAACAGUUUGACUUUACAAGCAAACUGGAAGAUGAAAUAUAUACUGAUGUUCAAACAACUCACCCAUCAAGUGAAAUAGUGUGGGAUGCAGUCGCUAGGAGACACCUACCUUUAAAGGCAGAACAAGAUGAAACUAAGGUGCUAUGCCAAGAAGAGCAAUGUUUUAAGGUUUAUGAAGAGGCAUCCACAAGGUUGGACACACCAAAGAUGUGGUGUAUGUAUGCAACCGCCUGCCUGGAAAGAAUCGACCAUCAGGGCCCCUCAAAGCUCAAUGAAAAGAGAGCUGAGCGAGCAUUACGAGUGUUAUCAACAGCAGCGGAGCACUGCAAAUUGUCUAUGGACAUUUAUACUCAUUGGGUACGUUUGUUGCUGAGGCUGGGAAUGCUAGAUAAAGCCAUAACAACAGCGACGAUGGCAACUGAUGCCUUCCAAGAUUCUUCUGCUUUAUGGAAACAAAAGUUGACCCUUCAUGUAGCGUCAUCUGAAACAGGGAAUGAAACUGAUAAGAAAAAUAUACGUCAGUUGUUUGAUGAAGCCAUCAACAAAGUGAAAACAGAGGAUGCUUUAUCAAUAUGGGAGUAUGGCUUACAGUGGUACCAAGAAAACGACACAAACAAUAUUGAGUCCCUCAUGCAGCGAGGCUUGAAUGAACAUCCUAGGAUCUCGGUGACUGUUAAAGAAUAUUAUUUGGACUGGGGAGCCACUCAGGGCAUUGGCAAGCUAAGGAAGGUAUUUAAGAAGCUGGUCAGCACAAGACCACUGGCAGUAGGUUUCUACCAGAAGUACAUCGAUAUUGAGAUUUCACAGGAAAAUCCAAAGAUGACAAGAAUCCGAGCAGCUUAUGAAGAUGCGCUGAAUGAAUUUGGUUCAACAAAUCCAGAACUUUGGUUGGCGUAUAUCCGCCUGGAGAUGCAGCAUCCAAUGGGAAAGCCCGAGAUGGUGAGCAAGCUGCACUGGAGGGCCAUGAAGGGACUGGAUGGGAACUACACCGAAAAAUUUGUUAGCUCGUACACUUUACUCCAAGCUGGCCAUUUAUGAUAUGCCUCAAGCACAGAGCUACUAUAACAAUUAGAGUGCCUCAUGCAUAAAGCUACUAUAACAACUUAAAUGCUAACUAGGCUGUGAAGCAAAGCAGAGUUGUGUAUGUGUUCCAUUCAUUACUUCCAGCUUACUACUGUAUACAUAUUACAACAUAUUGAUAAAUGAAUAAAGUACUGAGAAACGCAGCGCCCAAGUUUUAAACAUACGGGUAACUUAGCUGCACUCAAAACAUGCUUCUUUAAUUGCUUAUGUGUAUUUUGAUUGGCUGAAUCUACGGUAGCCAUCUUGCUGAGUAGUCGCACACACAGCUCUGCAUUUUUAGAACAUUGAAUGCAUUGGAGUUAGUGAUCUGGUAUUCUUAUUAUAACUCUAUGGCCUCAAGUGGCAUCCACUAAUCUUCAGAGUAACAAACUAGAAGUGAAAAGCAAGCGAGACAAAAUUGAAAUAUUUACACACACACAGUCAAAAAUCUAUGGGUUCACAUUAUGCUAUUUCUUCAACAAAUCACAUUUUAAAAUAUUCCAGAUAAAUGAAAAUAAUAAAACUGAAGCAUACAUUUAACAUUAUUUCUAUCUGUAUUUAUUAUAUCUGAGUUAUAAUAUGUGCAAGUGCAUUACAAAAUGGGUUUCAGAAGAUCAGCCAAUUCUUUUA